AUGGAUUUGGUGAAAGUGGUUGGUUCUGUAUUUUUUAUUUGCUGGCUUCCAGUCUACGCAUCGAAAUUGUUAAACGACGUUUACGAGCCCAGAGGCCAGCACAUUUGCAAACGUGGUACCGAGCGACCCUGUUACAAGAUUGCGUACUUCCAAGACAGUCGCCGUAAAGUGAACUUUGAGGAAGCCGGUCGCGCGUGUAGGAGUGAUGGCGGGGAAUUGCUAAGUAUAGAGUCAGAAUCUGAACAACGGCUGAUUGAGACUUUCAUCCAAGAGCUUAAAGCAUCAGACGGAGACUUCUGGAUAGGACUCCGCCGGGACCAAGUCAACGAAGAUAUCAUCGAAGAUUGUCCCUCCCAGUACUAUUGGUUAGACGGCAGUGAGUCAACAUUCAGGAAUUGGCACUGGGAUGAGCCAUCUUGUGGAUAUGAAGUGUGUGUGGUGAUGUAUCACCAGCCUUCCGCUCCCCCCGGCCUGGGGGGUCUUUACAUGUUUCAGUGGAACGAUGACAACUGUGAAACCAAGAACAACUUUAUCUGCAAGUACACCAAAGAACGAUAUCCAGUUCCUACCACUGCAGGGAACAGAACACAGGCUGAUGCCCCAUCUACAUCUUUAAAUCCAAAACACCCUUCAGUGACUGUGAAUGACGAUGGAAUGAGAGUCGUGGUGUCUGGAACGACAGGUACACAGUCUCAAUACAACACUCUCAAUAUUGCCUACAUUAUCCUCCCCACUAUUCCUCUCCUCCUGCUGCUUAUAGUGGCCACAGGAGUUUUCUGCUUCAAGCUUUUUGCCAAAAGAAGGAAAGAGCGAACAGAAACGUGUCCUAAGGAACCUGGCUACUGGGUAUCUGCUGAACGCUGCAACAGUCCAAGUCCAGACGUCUACAACGUUAUCCGCAGGCAGCACGAAGCGGAUCUGGCCAACCCACGACCGGACAUCAAGAACACAUCCUUCCUGGGUUCCUCUCCAGACACCCCACCUGGGGAUUACGAUAAUCUGGCAGGCAGAGACACAGAGAGUGGCUUUGUAACACUGGCCAGCACUGAGAGUGGCUUUGUCACCAAUGAUAUCUACGACAGCUGCCAGGGGCGUGGAAAUGGGCGAUACUAUAGAGAGACGGGAUGGAUGGACAAUGAUCUCUAUGGUUACUGA